UUUUUGAAUGUGCUGGAAUUUUUUUUGAUUUAAAGAACAAAUUUCUUGGAUUCAAAGAAAAAAUUUAAUUUAAAUCAAAGCAAAUUUUUGUUUGAGUAAAAAAACCCCUUUUUUGUGUCAAAGAAAAAAUUUUGUUUUGAAUGAAAAAAAGGAAAGGAAAUGUUUUUUUUUAAAUCAACAAAAAAAUUAUUCGAACUGUAUAUGUUGUUAUUUUAUUUAAAUAAUAAUAUUUCACUGAUUUUUUUUUUUUUUCGCUUCGAUGUUAGUUAAAACUAGUUUCAUGCGUGGCACAAAAUAGUUGAAUGGAAAUAUUUGAUAAACAAAUGUGUAAAGUGUUUAUUCAGCUUUAUUAAAAGUUUCGUAAUUCACAUUUAAAAGUAACAUUUGAAAGAUAAUUUUCUAUUAUAAAAAAAGAAUCCACACUUAUUGUUAAUCAAAUCAAGUUCAACUGUCGUAGUGUGUUAAGUAGUGAAAAAAAAAAAUUAUUUUAACCUCUAUAUUAAAAUAAUCAUAAUAAUAAUAAUUUAUAAUAAUAAUUUAUAAUAAUAAUCUUUAAUAAUAAUUUAUGAUAAUUUAAAAAUAAUAAUUAAUAAUAUUUUUAAUUUCACUAUAUAAUAAAAAUUUGAGCAAUAAAAUAAUGAAAAGUAAAAAUUCCCUACCUUUUAUCAUUUGGAUAUUGUCAAUUUGUAAAUACAAUGUAAUAAUUAAUGCAGAAAAAAUUGACGAUAAUAAUGGGACAGUUCAAACAACAAACAAUAAUUAUAGUGUCUGUAAUAGUACAAUAUGUAAAAAUGCUGCUGAACUAAUAAUUAAAGGAAGAAAUGAAUCAGUUGAACCUUGUAAUGAUUUUUAUUCCUACGUUUGCAGUAAUUGGUCAACUAAUUAUCCAAUAUCUGAUAAUUUGAAAUUUAUCAAUUUACACACUAUGACCGUAAAUAAAUUUAAACCAAUCAUAAAAGAAAUACUACAAAAACGAAUUGAUCAAAAUGAUAGUUUAAAUUUACGUUAUGAAAAAAAAUGGUUUCAAUCGUGUAACAAUGAAGAAAGAAUUUUAAACAUUGGACAAAAUCUAUUAAUAAAUAUAACAGAAAAAAUUGGUGGUAUACCAAUGGCAAUGGAUUUUGGGGAUUUUUCAGUAUGGUUAGAAAAGCAUAUUACUUGGCAAAAUGUGAAUAAUUAUUAUACACGACUUAUUGGAGAAAGUGUAUUUUUUAAACUUGAAUUAAGUCCCAAUGGCAAGGACUUCAAAUAUUUUAUAAGUAAACCAUCAACUAAUGACAUUGAUGAUAAGUCAAAAAUAAUUUUCAAUUAUUUUACUGAAAAAGGUAAAUUAAAUAUUUCUUGGAUAGAUUUAGAGGAAGUUCUAACUUUUCAUAAAAAAUUGAAUAUGGCAAUUGACGAUGAAACUAGUAGAGUAGAACAGGAGAUGACAAUUGAAAAAUUUCAAGAAAAAUAUAACAUAAAAUGUCCCCGACAUUCAAAUGGAAGAAUGAAUUUCUCAAAAACAUUUUCUAUUUUACUUAAGGAAAUGAAAUUGUCAAAAAAUGAAACCAUUCAAAUUCAUUCAUUGUAUUUUAUUAUGAAUUUGUGUUAUCUUUUUAAACACACUUCUUCAAGAAUAAUUGUUAAUUAUAUUCAUUGGAGAUUUUUAGUCGAUUCAUUUGAUUAUUGGUAUGUUAAGAAAGAUUUGUUGUCCAAUAAAAGCAGAUCAGAUGAAUGCUUAUCGUUAUUGCUCUUAAAAAAAGGACAUAUCACGGAACUUUUUACUAAUUAUCUACCAAAAAAUACAAUGGAUCUUACUAACUCUAUGUUUUACAAUAUACGCGUAUAUUUAUAUACAAAAUUAUUAAAUUCACAAUGGCUAAAUACAAAAGAUCUUUUUAUGAAUUACAAAUUAGCAAACAUGAAAUUUUUAAUUUCUAAUAAUUAUAAUAAAGAUAUGAUCUUAAAUGAAGAAACUGAAUUUUCAAAUUAUACCUUUAAAAUUACUUCAAAUUUUUUACAAAAUUGGAUAAAUUUUAAAAAAAGUAAUCUAUUAAAUAUAAAACAACAGUUUGAAGAGGCUAAAAAACAUAAUAUUAAAAAACGGAGCAUCUAUUUUCCAUCAAAGAAUUUACUUAAAAUCUCAUUUGCAGAGGUGGCUUCACUUUUGUUUAAUGAAGAAUUACCAAAUGCCACUAAUUAUGGAAAUUUAGGUUUUAACAUCGGACAUGGAAUGGCUCGAGCAUUUGGCAGAUUGAGUCGAAAAAAUGACGAGAUUAUGGAACCUGGAAAAUGGACGAAGGAAAUGAUUAAAAAUCAAAUGGAGAAACUUAAAUGUUUUGAAAAUGAUUUUAUGAAUGACUCGAUAUACAAAAAUAUAAUAACAGAAAGUAAUUUUGUUGAUUCCGUUGGAUUAAAUAUUGCUUUUGAAACUUAUCAAAAUUACAUUAAUGAUAAUAAAAUUAUUGAUCCAAAAUUACCAGGACUAGAAGAUUUUAAUGAUAAUAAAUUAUUUUUCACCUCCUUUGCUAUGAAUUUCUGUGAAAACAUCACACCAGAGGCAGCAAAUGAACGUAAUGAGAUUUCAUCAACUUCUGACAGAGUCAAUUUAGCUGUCAGCAAUUCAGAUGGUUUCGCCGAUACCUUUAAUUGCAAAGAAGGUGAUAUUUUAUGGAAGAAAGAAAAAUGCGCAUUUUUUUAAAUUGAUAAACUAUUUUUUUUAAAGGUAUUUAAAAAAAUUAUGAUAAUUUCACGCAUCUAUUGUAAUUAAUAUAUUACCGUAAUAUUAAGUAAACUAUUAUUAAUAUAUUAAUAUUAUAAUUAAAUUAUUAUUUAUAUAUUAAUAUUACUAGUAAUUAAUAUUAGUUCACUAUUAUUAGCAUUAAAAAAAAUUUAUUUUACCUCACAUUUAAAUUUAUUUAAUACUGUUUACUGUAAAUAAAAAUUAUUUGAUUCAAGAAAAUUUUAUUUCCGACGCGACGUUAUUGUCAAUAUUUUUUUUUAAUUUAGUUUUUUUAAUUAACGUAAAAUUAAUUAAUGAAAGAAUAAUUGAUAUUCACAGUUAGAGAAAAUAAAAAUUGUUUUUUAAAUUUUAUUUCAAACGCCUAUUGUCCAUGCGACAUAUAUUAAAUGUAUAUAUAAUGAUAAAUAAAUGAUGGAAAUUAAAGGUAGAAAAUAAUAAGAAAAAGUAAAUUUAAAAUGAAUGCGAAUUUAGUGAGGGUUGAGUGAAGUUGGUAUAUUAUUGAAGGUAUAACUGUAUACGCAGUGUACAUGGAGAAUACAUAAAAUGGAAGGGAACCCCCGUGUGCGAUGACUCUCUCUCUCUCUUUUUUUCUCUCUAUCUCUCUUUCUCUACCUAUAUCUACACAGUAGCGUACCGCGGCCGCCACGCCGCGCCGGUCGGUUUAAUUUAACACAGCAGCUGUAAUCCCAUCCAUUACACUGGCGGUAAUAUACGAUCGCUCGAGAUUCAUACUCCGUUUUUUCACUAAUUAACAGACGGGACAAAUCGCUCUACCAAUCCCUCUCGUUCCUCAUGAACCCCAUCGCUUCUUUACGCCUCACACGAAAAAAAAAAAAAAAAAUACAUCCCCAAUAUGUCGCGCACGUUCAUAUCUUGAUGGACAAUUACUCAAUAUACUAAUUAUUAUACUUUUAAUUUCUUUUUUAUAAAAAAAUAUUUCAUUCUACCUAAUUUAAUAAUUAUACAAAGUAUAAUAAUUUUAUUCAGUGCAAUUUUAAAUUAUUAUUAUUAU